AUGGGUCCUCCUAGGCGCAAGGUUCUCGCUACGGCGGAAGAGACCAUGUUCCCGCCGGAUGAGUUGCCUCAGGGCCAUCUGAUCGCCCGGGCUAUCAAGGCGACCGGAAACAACAUCUACUCAGUGGAACUUCCCUCGAAGGAAUCGGUUUUGGUGGAGCUCCCUGCCCGCUUCCGGUCGACCAUCUGGAUCAAGCGGGGUUCCUACGUGGUUAUCGAUGCCAAUGCCCUCGAGGGCCGCGACAACAAGCUCAAGGGAGAGAUUGUCAACAUCGUCCGUGAUGAGAAAGCAUGGCGCAAAGCCCCGUUUUGGCCAAAGGAAUUCGCUAAGCAAGCUGUUGUUGUCGCGGACGACUCGGACGAGGAGGAUGAGUCCAAUGUCGGCAAGAUGCCCUCCUCAGAUGAGUCGGAUGCUUGA